AUGACAAUCGUCACCGCGUAUUUAGAGGCUGGUUUUUAUGUGGUGUACAACAACCCGGGGAUGUCACUGCAGCUGCCCAGGCAGGCGGUUCGGGAUGGGAAAGACUUGGGAGACUAUGAGGCGCUGCAGGAGCGGUUUGGGAAUAAUCCACGGUUGCAGAUGAUGCAGAACCUUCAAAAGAGAUGGCCAGAAUUGAGCUUCAACGAAGUGCAGUUCAGAAUGCUGGCGCGGAGCGCAUGUUUCGUGAGUGUACGGGGAGAAGGCAGCAUAGUGGGGAGCUACUUUGGUGGACGGAACAUUGUAUACUUUCGUGAAGGGCAGGAGGUGAAAGGCAAGGCGUAUGAUAGGAUUUACCCCCAGCUGUCUGGAGCUGAGCGUCGAAGAGCUUUGUCCGCGGAGGCGCGAAGAGAAUACUUUGGUCGCGGGCUGAUGCUGGCCGUAAUCGCUGCGUCAUUAACAGCUAAGAUCUUCUUCUCGGGCUCGCCUCUCGACUGCAUGGUCGAUCCGCCGCUCCACGCCGACCACCCCUCUGGAAAUGAGUCCGCGGUGUAUUCUUCUGCCAAUGCCCCCCGCACAGUACCGCUGCGCCAGUUCCUCCUCCGCCGCACAGCGUGGGGGGACGGCGGAAACGCCGCCGUUGCGCCGUGGCGCAUCUGGGGCUGUUAUAUGGCGGAACGGCGGGGAGACUCAGCGCGAGUAGGUGCGGAGCUGGGUAUGGAUCGCGUGGUGGUACGGACCACGGCGACAGCAGCGGGGAACCUGGUCGGUGGAAGCGACGAGGUGGAGGGGGAGGGAGCAGAGCGGAUGGGGUUGGGGGAUGGGGUAGCGGCGGGGGGGAAAGGGAGACUAAAUGGUGCUGCUUCUAGCGAGAGCGGGGAGAAAGGAGGAGAGACGGAGAGACGUGCGAGCCACACGAGCAUGGAGGACGGAAGCGGGGAUGCGAAUGAAGGGGCGUCAGCUGAAAAACAGGUGAUUGAUGAAGGGACAGCAGCUACCACAUCAGCAGACGGAGAAGCAGUUAAAGAAACAGAAGCAAAUAAUGAAGCAGCAGCAACGCCAGAAGCGGCCGCAGCAGACGGAACCACAAAUGCAAAAGCAGUUGAGCCAGCACGAGAAAGAUCUGAGCCGCUCACGAAAACUAACGCCAUUCAUCCACCACAGCCCCCCAUCCCCCCCAGUCAACCAGAGCUGGCACAGCCCUCUUCCCAAUCCCAAGAUGGAGUGGACAUUUUUUUCCAGGGCGAGUUCGGGUACGAGUUAAUCGCCGUCCUCCCAUUUGCCUACUGGCACCAUCUCAACGGCUCCCUCCGCUCCACCACCUCCUGCGGGCGGCACUCCUUGGCCUCACUCUAUUACUUCAGCCCCAACCACACAGACGACGCCACGUGUCAUCGAAGUGACAUGAAGGACAAUGUCACUGCAUACGGGUUUCCUCACGGCAUUCAUUAUAGUCGCAUCCCUCCAGCCUGGCAGCCGCCCCCUCUUGCCCACUAUUUCAGGACGCUUCCCUCUGUGUGGCCGGAGAUUCCCAAGGGAUCCCGGUUGGUGGUGAUCGGGAAUAAAUACGAGCGGGAGUGGGGUCAUUCACCAGUAAAUUUCAUCGAUUUACCGGCUUUACUGGGAAUAGUUGAGUCAUAUUUAGAGGUGGGCUUUUAUGUGGUGUACAACAACCCCGGGAUGUCACUGGAAUCAGACCAUCGGCAGGUUAUUAAGGACGGCACGGAUUUGGGGGACUAUGAGGCGUUACAGGAGCGGUUUGGAGAGAAUCCGCGGCUGCAGAUCAUGCAAAACCUUCAAAAGCGGUGGCCAGAUUUGGGAUUCAACGAUGUGCAGUUCAGAAUGCUGGCUCGGAGUGUGUGUUUUGUGAGUGUGCAGGGAGGGGGCAGCAUUGUGGAGAGCUACUUUGGCGGAAAGAAUAUAAUUUACUUUCGUGAGGGGCAGGAGGUGAAAGGAAAGGCGUAUGAGAGAAUUUACCCACAGCUGUCUGGAGCAAAAUUGAAGGUGGUAACCAGUUAUGAGGGGCUGGUGAGGAAGGUGAAUGGGAUGAUCAAGAAGAACAAGUGCCAUGCUAAACUUCACUAG